AUAGGCCCCUGUGAACGACGAGACGCGACUCGAGUUCUGAUAAACGAAACAUACAGAUCUUUGCCGUUCGUAUUCCGCCUGCAGAAAGAAUUACGGUUCACAGUCGAUCAACAUUAUCUGCGGUGUUCGACGAUGACGUGGAUUCGAGACAGCUUGUUGUUCUCGUUGCUGAUGAUACAAUUUGUGUCAUCGCGUCUGAUCAGUUUUGAGAAAAAUACAGACGCGGACACGGACAAAAUUCCUCCGAUCGAUGGUAUGUCCGUCUGUUCUGAAAACGAUGUUAUAGAUAUCUCAAAUUGGAAUCUUCAAUCGAUUCCGCCCCGCAUGAUUAGAAGCGAGGUGAUUAAAGCCGUUAAUCUGCAGAACAACGAAUUGAGGGAUAUACCCGGCAGCAUUUUCGACGGCCUUCCGAAUAUCAAGUGCCUAAAUUUGGCGAGGAAUUAUAUUUCAGUGGACGACUUGAUGUUGCGCAAUUACAGUUCAACAAGCUUGGAGACCUUGAUUCUGGAUCGUCAGACCUAUCGAUACAGGGAUAGUAUGGAGAGAUACGGGCACUAUAGUUAUUCCACCAGCGACUACAAUGGUAACAUGCAUCCCAUCGAUGAAAGGUACUCAAUCGACCUUUCGUUUCCUCGACUAACUACGCUAAGAAUGGCAUACAACGACAUCGGGAUAUUCAAAACGAAACUACCAGCAACGCUACGACACUUGCAUUUAGAAGGAAAUCGAAUUACACAUUUUGUAAUAUCUGGCGAUGACGAUCUGCAGUCUCUGUACUUGGACCACAAUACAAAUUUGGAACAAAUCGAAGUACAUUCUCCGAACAUCGCAAUUGCGUCGUUUAAGGGCUGUUCUAUGUUUUCGUAUAAAAUGCUCACUUUCUUCGACAGAGAUCGCUCUGCUUUGAAAAUACUCGACGCGUCUGACAAUAAUUUCGACGACGUAAGCGACGUUCUGCUACAGAGGGCGAACAAUCUCGAGGUUUUGAUUUUGUGUGGCAAUAAAAUUACGCAGACGCCGGACUUGCACGAUCUGCCGCAACUACGCGAGUUGCACUUGAGCCGCAAUCAGAUAACAAGCGUCGGGGACAUGCGGUUGGAUUCCUUGACGUUGUUGAGCCUUCGAGACAAUAAUAUCGUCGAGAUCGCCGAAACCUCGUUCCUGAAGCUUCGGGCGCUCGAGACGCUCGAUUUGUCGAUAAACAAGCUGGAAUACCUGCCCGAGGGCUGGGCGAACGGUUUGAACCAACUGAAAAUGUUGAAUUUGACCUCGAACCGGUUCGCGAGCCUCGGGAACACAAGAUUGACGGCGGACUUCGGCAAUUUGAUGAAUCUGUACCUGGAAGAAAACCCGUUAACGAAGAUCACGGAUCAGGAGUUUCAUUCGAUUCCGGCGACUACCACGGUCCAUCUGUUUAACAUUUCAACUGUUUUCCGAAUUGCGAGACAUGUUUGGGACACUCUGUAUAAUAAAACAACCGUCGAAUAUAAUAACGCUUUCGCCGAGGUUCCCUUCGUCGAGGCGCCUUCGUCGAGGCUCCUUGGAACAGCGUUCACGGCCCUGGAACAUACCGGCGUUAAAUUUCCUUGGAAUUAUCGCUACUCUACAAAGAGUCCCCGUCGGGGCGGCCGCAGGACAGAAGGUGCUGAGUCGUUCGAAGGUUCCGGUACGAAACCAAGUGUGAGAAUCCGCGAAGAAUCUAUAGGCAACGACGCUGCGUUCUCCAAGCCGAUUCGAGCCAUGAAAAUCGACCGCCGUUGGAAACUAUCGGCCGCGUGGCUGCUGUUCGCGCUGCGAUUGGCAACUGGAUACGUGGAACCCGGGAAUACUUACAUAUUCUACAAUAAGUCGAAUAAGCCACCUAUAUCGAAGCCAAAGACUCCAGUAGAGCCAGUAAAUGGCUGCUUCGAUCGCGGCGAGGUGGAGCUGCGGUUGUCGCGGACAGGUCUGUCUUCGAUCGGCGAGGGUGUGGUGAAGAGCACCAAGGUGGUGGAGCUGCACCUGGACGACAACGGGAUCACCGAGGUGGCCAGCUGUGCUUUCGACUUGGUGCCCAACCUGCGGCUGCUGAACCUGUCGUUGAACAACAUCAGCACCCCGCUGCUGCUGCGCAUCGGCCCGCACAAGGAGCUGAGGCAGCUGAUAGUGGACCACAACAAGCGCCGGGACGAGAAGAACUCGGCGUUGGAUGAGGUCGUUCAUAGUUUGCCGCUGCUGGAGGAGUUGUCCCUGAGGUCGGAUGGUAUUACUCGGUUCGGGGUCGAUCUGAACAAGUUCGCCCCCCUUCUGGUCCGGCUGAGCCUGUCCAAGAACAAGAUCGAAUCGGUCGCUUUUCUGAAGAACGCGCCCAAGACGCUGAACAUCGUCGACCUGGGCGACAACGCGAUCUCGACGAUCGAGAAGGGUUACCUGAGCAACACCGUUGAGCUGGUCGUCGCCGGGAACAAGAUCGAGGAGCUGUGCGCCAACAGCUGCGGCACCUCCUCGCUGUCCAUCGGAGGGAUGACCCAUCUGCAGACGCUGAACGCGUCGCGCAACCUCAUCGGGAACGUCGCCGGCGACGCUUUCGUCGACUCGUACAGUCUGAAGACCCUGGAUCUGUCCGCGAACAAGAUCGAGACCCUCGACGAAGCUCUCUGGCUAGGGUUGAAGAAUCUCGAGGGGCUGAUCGCGGCCAGGAACCAUCUGACCACCGUCCCGAACGUCUGCCAGCUACAAAGAUUGAAGAUCCUCGACCUCCGCGGCAACCUGAUCGAGGCCGUGACCAAAGACAGCUUCUGCAAGCAGGCUAUGAGACUCGAGACCAUCGACCUGGCCGAGAACAAGAUCAAGAUCGUCGACGACAAACCGUUCGGCUUCAUGACCGCCCUCCACACCCUCGAGCUGUCCGGCAACCAGAUCGUCACCAUCCCCAAGAACCUGAUCAACCAAGCCAGAUCCCUGCGCCGGCUGUUGUUGAAGAACAACUUCAUCCACUGCCUGGAGAAGCUUUCGACGGAACGUUCGCACAGUUUGCAGGAACUCCACCUGCAGGACAACCCGCUGUUCGUCAUCAACGUGUCCUGGAUCAACCACGAUCUACCCAAUCUCGCGAUCUAUCUCAAGGACCACAUGUGCGAGUGCGGAAAUCUCGUAGCCAAGGACGAGGACGAGGACGAGGACGAGGACGAGCCCGAAGACACCGACAGAUUUUGAAAAUGCGAUAUCGGAGAAACGGUCGAAUUCUUGCUAUUAACAAAGCUAGGUAGGCGGGCGACUUUUCAGAUUUUGGAAAUGCGAUAUCGGAGAAACGGUCGAAUUCUUUCUAUUAGCAAAGCUAGGUAGGCGGGCGACUUUUCACAGAUUUUGGAAAUGCGAUAUCGGAGAAAUCAUCAGUCAUCGUCUAGUAGACUAGUCCUGCUACCGUUUCAAAAAAAUUCAAGUCAUCUGGUCCGGUUUUAAAAAUGUUAUUGCGUUUGAAAAGUUGUACGCGGUUCGAUUCGUUUAAAUAAUUGAAAGAAUAGUACGUUUCUUCCAAAUAAAUGCCCAUCGUCAACGGCAACUUGUUAUUUUCCAUAAAAAUCCGCGAUCUAGGUUAUGUCGUUUCGAACGUUCGAACGCGUCGCGACGAUCGAGAACAAUGAUGUAUUCCCUUUUCGUAUGUUCCAGGACAACGAGGACGAAAGCGCAACGUAACUCGCGAUACUAACGCAUUAUCACGCUUCAAACGAACUACUAACGGCUGUUACGCAGCUUGAAUACCGGCGAUUUGUAUGAAAAGGCAUUACCGAAAUAAAUGUUCCUGUUUAUGGAGUAAA